AAAUUAUCACGCGUGAAACGUCACCUUAAUAUGACAGAAAAUCUAUGAAAUGUGAGGUUAUGAUUUUCAUAACAUUUUAACUGCUUGAUGCAAAUGUUAAAUGUGUCAGGAUCCAGGAAUAAAUUAAAAAUCUAUCAAAAAUGGCAGAUAAAGUUCCAGUUGAGUUAGGAGGAACAGAUUUUACGCAGGUCUUCAUUGCAAUAUUUAUUAUAGUCAUAACAUUGGUUCUCUUUGCAAUCUACAAAAAGAGGAAGAGUUCAAGACAAGGCAUUUUGUUAACUGGUAUUUGCGAUAGUGGGAAAACAUUAAUAUUUUCUCAGUUAAUUCACAAUAAGCACAUUCAAACUCAUACAUCGAUCAAAGAGAAUGUGGCAAAUUUUUCAAACGAGAAGGAAAACCUCAGAAUUAUCGAUAUUCCUGGCCAUGAGCGUUUACGAGACAAAUUCUUCGAACAAUAUAAAGACAUCACUAAAGGAAUAAUUUAUGUGGUUGAUUCGAACACAAUUACUCAAGACGUCAGAGACGCCGCUGAAUUUUUGUACAACAUCCUUGUAGAUCCUAUAAUCCUCAAGAACAAGCCAAAUUUGCUAAUUUUGUGCAACAAACAAGAUUACACUUUUUCAAAAGGAGGAUCAGCAGUGAAGGCCAUUUUUGAAAAGGAAUUGAAUACACUUCGUGUAACGAAAUCCAAUCAACUCGAAUCUGUAGAUGCAAAGGCUAAGAAGGCUGCUCUUUUGGGUAACCCCGAGGAAGAUUUUGAUUUUGCCACUUUACCGCUGAAAAUUGAUAUUGCCGAAAGCUAUGCCUACCAUAAGAACGGUACUGUUGAUAUUGAAGGAGUGAAAAAAUGGUUAGCACGCUUAUAAUUUAAAUAAACUGCCAGUUAUAUUGCCUGAAUAAUUGUUUGGUAAUUGUCACAUUUUUACGUACUUCUUGAAAUAAACGAAUUAUUCCUUUUUAAUAAAGAAAUUAAAUGUAAUCUGAAUAUUUUGUACGUAAUUUAUAUUAGUUUUGAGUUGUUAAUUUUGUUGUCGUUUAUUUAUAAUUUUUUGAUAAAACAUUAAAAUGAUUUUGUUCAAAUUCAAUGAAAAUAUUUUAAUUCUAAUAAAUUUGUUAUAAAACACCAAAUUUACAUAAUAAAGUUUUUUUUUAAAUUAAGAA